AUGUUCGGCGCAUUCCGCAUCACGAAUCCUUUGUCCAGUGGUCUUCUAUGGAAGGUGCCUUGGAGGCUUUCCAAGUUCCAGAAGCGCCGUCACCGACUUCGUCUCCGAGCCGUCGACGAUGUUGUAGCGACCGUUGACGCCGCUCUCGCCAAGAAGGGACAGACUCUAGAGGCCCUUGAGCGAUGGAAGGCUGAGAUGCCUACUGAGGCAGAAAUGCUGCCAAGGGACAAGUACACUAUGUUUGACCGCAAGGCUAAGCGCUAUCGCAAGGGCAUCCAUAAGCUACCCAAGUGGACGAGGGUGUCACAGCGAGUCAACCCCCCCGGUUACUAG